GCCCCCUCGGCAGCAGAAAAUGGCAAGUUGUGGGUUUCAACAAUCAGCAUUCGCCGGAGACAGUGGGCUAAAGCCCCGGAAUGAGUUCCUCCGCAAGAUUGGCAGCUUCGGCCCGGCCCGUUUCACCAUGAGACGCACCGUCAAAACUGCUCCCCAAAGCAUAUGGUAUGGGCCGGACCGCCCAAAGUACUUGGGCCCAUUCUCCGAACAAACUCCUUCAUACCUCACCGGCGAGUUCCCCGGCGACUAUGGUUGGGACACGGCUGGGCUUUCGGCCGACCCGGAGACCUUUGCCCGCAACCGUGAGCUGGAGGUGAUCCACUGCCGUUGGGCCAUGCUCGGCGCUCUAGGCUGCAUCUUCCCGGAGAUUCUAUCAAAGAACGGUGUCAAAUUCGGUGAGGCGGUUUGGUUCAAGGCCGGAGCCCAAAUUUUCUCCGAAGGUGGACUGGACUACUUGGGCAACCCGAACCUUAUCCAUGCCCAGAGCAUUCUUGCUAUCUUGGGCGUCCAGGUGGUGCUUAUGGGCUUGGUGGAAGGAUACAGAGUUGGAGGCGGCCCACUUGGAGAGGGCCUGGACAAGGUGUACCCCGGUGGAGCGUUCGACCCACUGGGCCUUGCUGAUGACCCGGAGGCAUUCGCAGAGCUGAAAGUGAAGGAAAUCAAGAAUGGGCGGUUGGCAAUGUUCUCGAUGUUUGGGUUCUUUGUGCAGGCCAUUGUUACUGGUAAGGGCCCAAUAGAAAAUAUUUUCGACCACGUUGCUGACCCAGUUGCUAAUAAUGCGUGGGCCUAUGCCACCAACUUUGUACCCGGCAAGUGAAACCUUAUCCUAAAUGGUACUGUAUCUUUCUGGUUGUUUCAAGCUACCUUGCAGAAGUAUUCCAAAAGUCAAAUAUAUGUGUUAAGAAUAAAGACUACAUGCAAUCGCAUAUAUUUCGUGUUAAUAUCAUUUGUAAAAGUUCUUAUAUUAAAUUUAAGAAAAAACAAUGAUUUUCAGGUUUUAAAAGAUGAGUAAAUAUCACAUUGUGAGCAUUUUUUUGCCUCAUUUAUAUUGAAAGGUUAAGAAUGGUAAGUAGGGAGUGUAGUUACACUAAGUCUGUUAGGUAAUACUGAAAUUAAUUGAAUCGACAAAACUUGAUGAAGUGAAUUGACUGAAUUUGUUGAAUUAUGAAAAGUGGAUUAGUUAGAAUUUGUAUUUGCAAUGAUGCUCUUGAAUAUCCAACUCUAAUUUGAUCAAGUUACUUUGUCAUGAAAUAUUUGCGCAAGAUUGGAAAUUUUCAAAGGAUAGUAAUAUAUUGAGCUGCUUAUGUGUAGCAUACAGUUAGUGCGGACUGCGGAG